AUGUGCUUCACUCGUCGGCUUCGUCAUCAGGCGAUGCAUCAUGUAACGCUCGAUGAGGCUCCAUCCGCCCUGUCGGCGAACGAAUGCCGAACCGCGCGAGAUUUCUGGCUCCAGCGCGUUCAGGAGGAAUUAUUUCCAAUAGAGCGAAAAGCGCUACAAAAUCAAAAGGCUGUGUCCUCAAAGAGCCGACUUCUCUCGUUCAAUCCUUUCCUGGGCAAAGAUAAAUUAAUUUGCGUUGGCGGGCGGUUGUCCAACGCUCUCAUUGCUCUUCCGCGCAAACAUCCCAUCAUUCUCGCGUCGCAUCCACUGGUAACGCUCCUAGCUCACUACGCUCAUCUGCGAUCCCUUCACGCCGGCACACAACUCACGCUCGCAACAGUGCGUUGGGAAUUCUGGAUAAUCCGAGCUCGAAGCGUGGUAAAAGCGGUGAUAAACCAGUGCAUAGUCUGCACUCGAGAAAAGGCGGCGACACCAACGCAGUUGAUGGGCAACUUGCCGACGGUGCGAGUCGCGCCUCCCGCACGCGCGUUCUUGCAUUGCGGUGUUGAUUACGCCGGUCCGGUCUCAAUUCGAGCGAUGUCCGGCCGCGGCGUUAAAUCACGCAAGGCGUACAUCGCUGUUUUCGUAUGUAUGGCGACUCGCGCUAUCCAUCUAGAAGUUGUCGAGGGCUAUGCCACCUCGGCCUUUCUAUGA